AUGCAACUCAACGAAUAUGGAAGAUUGAGGAAGUUUUUUACUUGUUGGAAGAGGUUGAAGAGGAUCGCGAGUCAGACCAAAGAAGCGGCUUACACGAAAAAAAUCAACAGAACGGUUUUCUCUGAUGACCUACCACAGAAGCUGCUCAAGCAGUUCGAGCAACCACCGACUGUCUCACAUGCUAGAUGGGAGCGUAUCGACCCUAUACAUGGUCAGCAAUGUGCCAAAGUUCUUGCUAAGCUGGAAAGAAGAAGAAAAUCGAGAAGUCUUCCUUUGCCGAAUGACGAUGUAUAG